AAUAAGGAGCGUCUCACAAACAACUGACAAUAAGGUCAUAAACUAACAAAUCUUAUUGUUAUGAUUUCAGGUAUUUUUAAAGACAAGUACACUGUAACAACAAAAGAAGACGGGUCAAAGGAUUUCACGUGUAAAAUGUGCCAACGGGUGUUCAAGAAACAGUGUCUGAUUUAUCAGCAUUACGUGAAGGUGCAUUUGAAAAUACGGCCCGGGUUUCGGGGUUGCAACCUCUGCGACGUGCGCGUGCUCAGCCACCUGCGGCCGACGCACAUGGAGGAGGCUCACGGCAUACUCCGGCCCACGUGCAACAUCUGCGAAAAGAAAUUCGACUACCAGUUUUUACUGUUGAAGCACCAGAGGUCGUACCACAUGGGCGAGUUAAACUUCGAGUGCCAAAUUUGCAGCAAGAAGUUUGAAGCAAAGAAAGGUUUGAAGAAACAUCUUCUCAUUCACCAGAAUGAGAGACCUUUCCAGUGUACUUUCUGCGAGAAGACGUUUAAAUUGGGAUACCAUUUGGCUCGUCAUACUAGGAUACAUUUGAAUGAUAAAAGAUUCGAGUGCACGGUGUGCGGCGAGCGAUUCGUUCAGAUGUCUAGCUUGAAAUACCACUUGGGGAAGAGGCAUCCGGAAGUGGAAAAUUAAAUUGUCUUGUUUACGAUACAUUCUUAAAGCAUACGUUACCUACUGUAUUUUUCUUAAGGAAAACUUACCAAAAGUGUACCUUUUACAGCUUGGCACAUUGCAUUUGUGAUUUGUGACUGAUCGCAGCGGGACGAUCAGCAUUUUUCACAGAAGUUUUCAGAUGCACUCUCACCGCGA